AUGCAUUUCCACCUCCCUCAACUCCGCCUACUACAUGCCACCGACCCUUGGCCUGUGGACAAUCGUUGGCCGUCGGCCUUCCUGUAUGAUCAUUGUUUAGUGCCAUUGCUCACAAUGCAUCGCAGCACGUCGUACAAUUUCUGGCAGCAGGACUCAGAGUUAUACCUACACGUCAAAGCAUCAAGUGCGGAGCACCUGAAAACCACCACCAGUCAUGGACAGUCGACUUCUCAGCCUCACCAACACCUCCUACAUUUUGUACCAGAGAAUACUGCCUACGAUCCUACACCCGUUGUCUCCCAGCAUCAUGUUACAUGCGACGGACACUCGACAACCGAGGAUCAAACAGUGGUCCCUUGUGAUAACGUACCUGAUGCGGGUAUAUCACCGAUCCCAAUAGCUAAGGGUGACAAUCAUAGUGAUGCUGCUGGAUGGCAUCCACGCUGUGUUCCUUCCAGCUAUUCUCCCUAUGCCUUGUCCGACUACCCGCCUGCCCACACUACGGGCUUCUCUGACGUAAACCCUGCCAACCCAUGGUCACCCACGCAAGGGUUCCAGCAUGACCCACCUCAUCAAUUCCAAGAAGAGGUUUACCCCCAUCCUCAAUAUGUGGUCAACGAUGAUGAGUCAAAAUCGCACGUCGAUCGUGCGUCUGUGUGCCAGUGGAAUGAUGGUCAUGGCGCAUGCGGUAAGACUAUAAAUGCAGCCAAGACCAAGACACAUAUGUCAUCAUACCAUUUCCAGUCACCUUUGCCCCCUGCCAAGCGCUUGAAAUGUUUGUGGAAGGACUGCGAGCUCCACCAGCCUGUGCGACGAGAUACAAUCAUCCGCCACAUCGUCGAGAAACAUCUCGGACACAAGUAUCGAAGCAAGCUCUGGGUAGCCUCUCAUGCUGGGGCCGGUUCCCGUGGAUCCCGGAAAAACACGCACCUGCAUUAAUGCUGAUCGUGUAGCCUUCGUCUGUAAUCUAAUC